AUAAGCUCCAAAUCCAAGUCCCAAAUGCAGCCACUGCUUCAACCAGAAAAUACUUCCAUGAGAAAUUCUUCCCCAGAAAAUUUAAGGACGGGGAAUUAAGUCUUUGAGGCAAGGCACACUGUAAGGUGUUAAAAAGACUGGAAACCUGUCUUAUGUCAACACUUUGCAUGUUCACAGACGGGCUUCAGUUUGAUCAAUCUUUACAGGAAUGGAGGAGGCAUUACCAAGACCAUCUGUUCCAUUGUGGGAACAGUUUUCCAACUUUUGGACCAGGGCCUGGGAAACAUACAAACGCAAGCCAACCUCGUAUUGGGUUCUUCUCAUUCUAAGCAGUGGAGCAAUGCUUGUGGCAUUUCCUGCUUCUAGCAUCCUAUCUCGUCUCUAUUAUGACAAUGGGGGCAAAAGCAAAUGGAUUAUUUCAUGGGUGGCUGUGGCAGGGUGGCCUCUAACUGCUUUAAUGUUAGUUCCCACGUACUUAUAUUUUAAAACCUCGCCUACUCCUCUGAACCUCAAACUUGUUAUGUCAUACAUUGUGUUGGGCUUCUUAAGUGCUGCUGACAACCUCAUGUAUGCAUAUGCUUAUGCCUACCUCCCUGCAUCAACUGCUUCUCUUCUGGCAUCAUCCUCCCUCGUGUUCUCUGCACUGUUUGGUUAUUUUCUUGUGAAUAACAAACUCAAUGCUGCAACUAUAAAUGCUAUUGUGAUCAUUACUGCUGCUGUAACAAUCAUUGCCUUGGAUUCAGAUUCAGACAGGUAUGAUAAUGUUAGUGAUAGCCAAUACAUUAUGGGGUUUAUAUGGGAUAUCUUGGGAUCUGCCCUCCAUGGGCUCAUUUUUGCUCUUUCAGAGCUAGUGUUUGUGAAGUUACUGGGGAGAAUUUCCUUCCAUGUUGUUUUGGAGCAACAGGUCAUGGUAUCUUUAUUCGCCUUCAUAUUUACCACGAUUGGGGUCAUUGUGGAGAAGGAUUUUCAAGGGAUGGCGUCUGAGGCUAGAAGUUUCAAGGGUGGCAAAGCUUCAUAUUACCUGGUUCUCAUCUGGGGUGCCAUUACUUUCCAGUUGGGAGUUUUGGGAGGAACUGCUGUGCUUUAUUUGUCAUCCACUGUGCUAGCUGGUGUUCUCAAUGCAAUAAGGGUACCACUCACCAGCAUUGCAGCUGUUAUAUUACUGCAUGACCCAAUGAGCAGCUUCAAGAUCCUCUCUCUGAUCAUUACCUUUUGGGGAUUUGGGUACUAUAUCUAUGGCAAUUCCGCUGUGAGUAAAGAUUCCUUGUCAUAGUUGCCAAUUGAUUUUUAUUUUUGCUAAUAUAUGUGUGAUAUAUUUAUAGAUUGAGGAAUUUUAUUCAUUCUCAGUAGUGCCCAUUAGCAGGGCUUACAUUUACAACUGUAAUAUCUUGCUUGUUAUUUGAUUGCAUAGAAAGUUGUACGAGACGGGCAGAAAUGUGCACUGGCAAGAACCUUUGAAUUAAUAUAUGCAUGGCCACUGUUUUAGUCAA